AUGAGCAUGCUAAGGGUGGUGGGUAACGUACAUAGAGCUAGUGGCUCUGGCGAUGUGACGCGGCUUGGCUGUCGUCUGAAGGUCUGCAAACAAAAAGUCCGACGAACACACAACCGCUGCCCAGCUGAGUUGAAUCAGAUCAAGAAGGACGAGAUUUUCAUCGCACGCCAGCUGGACUUUCGGCUGAUGGUGCCCACAGCCCUAGAGCUGGUGCAGCAUAUGUCGCGGGAAAUCUGUCGACACGUGCCGAAGUGCGAGGAGUCGGCGUGGGGCGGCUUGAAGAUCAUGCGGCUCCCGCAGCUGCUGGGCCCGCUAAUGAAGAACCAGACCGACGAGGAGCAGAAGAAGAAGGCGCUGCCGGCCCGCCCUCUCUGCAUGCUGCAGGUGGUGGCAUCCUUUUUGGUGGAGCUGGCCAUAGUCCACCGUCCUGGAAUCGCCUACGGCGAUGAGCUUCCCAUGUCGGCUUUAGCCGUGGCAGCGAUGCAGCUGGCUCUCUACAGCUGGGGAAACGAGCCUCCGCAGUCCAGCACUGCCAAGCUCUCGGAUCUGCAGGACGAGCUUGGGCUGCCAGCAAGCCAGACCGAUGACAGCCAGUCUGCGUUGACGGCCGACCUGUACCGCCUCUGGUCCAACGUGCAAGACACGUCGCCUGUCCUGCAAAAGUGGAAGCGGCGAAUUUUCAAGGAGGACCCUGAUGGCGUCUUGCCAGCAGCGCCUGCCAAGGCCACGCUUCCACAGAACCUACGGGAGAGUCUGGACUUCAACACGCCGCAGAGCAGGCAACGGAAGGCACAAGACUACUCUGCCACACCCGGCCGAAUGGAAAAGCCUGAGAAGGAGAUCGGCACGCCCAUAAAGGUGCCCGCUCCUCCAGAACUGCGUGGCCUCAACCGGCAGCUCGCGGAGCAGGGCACCGACCAGGAAGAGCCGCCGCUGCCGGCGCAGCAGCUCGACAACGCCACGGCCGAGGCCCCGCAAAAUAGCUCAGCUUCAGCAACUUGGCCCGCGGUCGGAAACUCCCCAGCCGCCCCUGUGCCAAUAGCGAGACCGGAGGUCGGAAGCUCGCCGAAUGCUGCAACGCCACCAGCUGCAGCUCCUGCACCACAGGUCCCGAGCUCGGAAGCUCUGGCACUUUCAGAGCCAACAGUCGCCAUUGUAAGCCAGCCAGCUCCUGCGCCGCCACUCGUUCCACCGGCAGCUGCCAGCUCCUCCGACGUCCCACAGGCAGCACCAGCAUUCCCAGAGAAGACGGAGAAGCCGGGGCCCACGACGGCCCUGGCACCAUUUCGCCUUCCUGGGCAAGAGUUGCCUCGGUCGACGGACGAGCGGUGCCACGAAGGCACUGCUGCGGGCUCCCGGUGUGCCGGUCAGCGGCCGAGGCUCCUGCUCGAAGGCAGGGCUGCAAAGCUCCUUGCAGCAGCCCGUGAAGAGGAUUCAGCCACGGCCUCGAAGACGCAAGGGGAGGAUGCAGCGAAGAAGAAGCGGCCGUUGGCCACGCCGAUGCAGGCCCUGACUCUAGCCAAGAAUGGAGCGCGGCCGUAUGUGGGCGACACAAAAGUAACUCGCUCCAUGUUCAAUGCAACCGGUCAGUUGAAGGAACCGUUAGAAGUGCGGGCCUCAGAUCAGAUUUCGGGCAAAGUUUCUGUACCGGUUUUACCAGAUGGGGAACGGGCUGUUGGCUGGUGGCCGGGUGAGGCAUCUCCCAAAGCCGUCGCCGUGGGUGGAACAGCACGCAGCGGCUUCAAUGGUUGGGCGAUGCUCACAGACUUUGUCCCUUUUGCUAGCCUUCAUCCCCUGUGUCGCUGGCCAUUGCUUGCGCACGGCGGUUUUGCAGACCUCGCCGGCAUGACCAAAAGCAUCAAGAUCAAGAUGCUGGAUGUGUGGCUUGUGGUGGUACUGGCUGUGGUCUGUGAGGCAGCUGUCGGCGAGUGUGAUCGUGCUUGCGAUCCCAAGGGACGCCAAGAUGGCACGGCCCCUGCACUGACGGAAGCAGUUAUCGGAGAUGGUGGUGAUGCUGAGGGUUCCAAGCGACCAGAUGCCGCCACGGCAUGGGACAUGCCUGCCGACGAGGGUGCUGUAGAGCAGUCCCAUGCGUCGCCUCUGUGUAUUCUCCUGGAGCCCCAAGGCUCCGCUGCUCCGUAG